AUGGUAAAUUGUAAGAGAAAAAUACAUCGUCGCAGAAAUAUAAUUCAAAAACUAACAGAACUUUUACAAAAUAAUAAGAAUUUAUUUGUUUCCAUACAAUGCUAUGAUAAUAACUCGUAUGAAAUUUAUAAUAACUUAAUAGAGUAUAUAAAAUUAAAUUUGGAUUUGUCUGAAAUAUGUAUUAUAGAUAUUGUAAGUAUAUAUAAUUGUAAUGAUAUUAGCAAAUUUCUAAAAGAUAUAUUUUAUGAUUUUACAAAAUAUAUAAAAAGGAAUAAAAUUUAUAAAAGUGCUAUUAUUUUACCUUAUUUCGAUAACUGGAUAAUAUCCAUUAAAAAGAAUAAAAGCAAUACAGGGAAAGAUGUUUUAGAUGUUUUAAGAAGUAAAUUUACAUGUAAUGAUGAUGAAGAACAAAGAAAAUCAUAUGAUAAAGAAAUACAUAUGGAUAUAUAUAAUACUAUUUAUUAUUUAAAAAAUGAAUUAUUAAAGCACUUAAAUAAACAAUUUUCUAUAAAAUUAAUAGGAUUUUAUAAAACUCCAUAUAUAUUUAAUAUGUAUGAUAACAUAUUUGAUUAUAAUUUAAGAAUUUCGCAAUUUACUAGAUCACAUAUAUUAUAUUAUAUUCAAGCAAAUAAAGCUAUGAAUAAAGCUUUCAUAAGAAAAAAAACAACAAAUUUAGAUAUUCAUAAAUUAUAUAAUGUUAUGUCGAACAAAAUUGAUUAUGUAAAAACAUAUGAUAACAUUAAUUUGUUUAAAUGCUUUUUUAAAUAUUAUUAUCGAAUACAAAACCAUGAAUAUAAUACCAAAAUUAAGAAAAACAAAACAAAAAAAAAACAUAAGAAUAUUUUGUCCACACACCAAAUUAUAUGGGACACAUUAAAUAUGAAGGAAGUGCUUUUACCAUGUAAAAAGAUAUCUUUAUUUAAUAUGUUAACAAAUUUGAAAAAUUUCAAAUAUAUUAAGAAAUACAAAUAUUUCCUUUCUCAAAAAAAUUAUUUAAAAAGUUAUAAUAAGAAAAGAAAUGAAACACUCUUUUCAAUUUUUUUUUAUUUGCACUGGGAUAUAUCAAGAAAUGUAUUAUAUCGUAUAUCUAAAUAUUGUUUUUCAAUAGACUUUAUAAAGCAGUACAUUUCUACGCUUCUUAAAAAAAACGUACCCAUAUCAAGAAAAUAUAAAAAUAUAAAAAAAUAUAAUAGGAUUAGUAGAUAUCACAAUGAUUUGGAAGAAGAACAAAGUUGUAUGGAUAAUGUUAAUAUAUGUAAUGAUAUAAUAGACGACUUAGAUAUAAUUGUAGAAGGAGACGAUGAUCAAAAUGAAUGUAACAAGAAAAAUAAAGGUUGUAUUAAAAAUAAAAUAAAUUAUCACGGUAAUAAUAUUAAUAUGGAUAGUAAUAAUAUGAAUAGUAAUAAUUUAUAUAGUAAUAAUAUGAAUAGUAAUAAUUUAAAUAGUAAUCAUAUGAAUUGUAAUAAUAUGAAUUGUAAUAAUAUGAAUUGUAAUAAUAUAAAUAGUAAUAAUAUAAAUAGUAAUAAUAUAAAUAGUAAUAAUAUAAAUAGUAAUAAUAUAAAUAGCAAUUACAUAUAUAGUAAUAAUAUAUAUAGUAAUAACAUAUAUAGUAAUAAUAUAUAUAGUAAUAAUAUAUAUAGUAAUAAUAUUCAUAUGAUGAGAAAAAGAAUUGUAGGUAAACCAUAUGUUAAUAAAUAUAUCAUAAAAUGUAAUACUUUAAAAAAAGAUAACAAGUUACAUAAUUUAAGGAAACGAUUUUUAUAUGAAAUAAACAAAUAUGAAUAUGAUUCAUAUAAUAUUUAUACUUCUGAAAAAGUAAAAAAAAAUCCUAUUCAUUUUUACUUUAACAAAUUUAAUAUGCCCAGUAGUCUUUUAAUAUAUGGAACAGAUGGUGUAGGAAAAACAACUUUAAUGAAAUUUAUAAUACAAAUAAUAUUGUCCAGAUAUAAACAUAUUUUUAUGAAAAAAUCUUUUACUCUAAAGAAACGUGAUAGUAAUUUUGGUUUUAAUGUUUUUACAUCUGAUCGAAAAAUAACAGAUACAAAAUUUUUACCUAAAGAGUUUUCAUAUGACACUUAUAGAAAAAAUAUUAUAGGUACAAAUCAUUUAAAGGAAUUAAACUUGAGACAAACAUAUAUAAACAAAAUGAGAAAGAGUAUAAUGAAAGAAAUGAAAAAUAUCUAUUAUGAGUUUAAAAAUGUAAGUAUUAUUCCAUUUGAAAAUCAUCUUUUAGUUAAUAAAACCAUAGGUGAAAAUACUAAAUAUAUUAAAAAUAUUUUUUAUGUUGCUUAUAAAAAUCAACCAUCCGUAAUAAUUUUUGAUAAUAUCGAUUUAUUUCUAGAGAAAAAUAACUAUUAUAAACAUCAAGACCUUGAGGAUCAAAAUCAAGAUGUAUAUAAAAAUAUAUAUAAUUUGUUUAUACAUUAUUUAAGUAUAUACAUAAAUGAUUCUAAUAAAAUUAAAUUCGUUGCCACUACGCGUGUACAUCCAAAGUAUUUUAAAUUCUCAUUUUUAAACAAGAUAGAAAAAAUUAUGUUUUUAUCUUGA